AUGUGGGCGGGGCCACAGUACCCACUGGUCUUUGGAGGGGUGUGUCCCUUUGUGACGGUGCUCAUUGCUCGAGCGCUUCCAGCUCUGGACCUGGUUCAGAUGAAGGUGGAUCUGAUCAGACAGCUGCUGAAGGCUGAAGUUCAAGUUGUUUCCACACAGAGUUUCUCUGACGCCUGCAGCAGCCUGAGGACGAUGAAAAAGAGCGACGUCAGGAUCAUCAUUGGACAGUUUGAGGAAGAGUCUGCUGCCGAGGUGUUCUGCUGUGUGUACAGGCUGAACCUGUUUGGAUCUCAGUACCAGUGGAUUCUCAGUGCUGGAUGGAGGCUGCAGGAUCUGGUCACUAGGUGUACGGAGGCCGGAGUUCUGACGGCUGCCAACGGCUCCAUCAGGCUACAGACCGGAUCGCUCAGCAACACAAACACACUAGGCAUCUCCGAACGGACUCCCCUAGAAUACCGAGACGUCUACCUCAGACAAGUUGGUCAGGACCAGUCAGGCGCUAAUGCUCUCCAUGCCUUCGCCUACGAUGCUGUUUGGGUCGCUGCCAAAGCGUUUACUCGGGCGAUGGAGGCGGUAAAGUACCGAGAGAAAUACAGCGUCCAACCAAACGUGACGGUCAGUGACGAGGACAUCCUGAAGACGCUGCUGGAGGCCGUGAAGCGGCUGCAGUUUGACGGCGUGACGAGCCAAACCACUUCCUAUUUCCCCCAGGUAGAGUCACACGGAGUCGGGCAGGGAAAAGCAAAGCUGGCUUAA